GAUCCAGAAGAUGAACCUACCAGUUGUCUUUCCACAGAACCUCAUGACACCACCGUCGAAGAUGCUGUCCAACACUACUUUGGAUGCAUCGAAAUACGCGAUCGAGCCGAAUUCCUGAAGCCCAGUCACCCGCAUUGGGAGCACGAACGAAAGACCGCCCAAGAGCAGCUCAAAAAAGCGGGUCAUGCUGUUCCUGAUGGCGAACCCCUCACGAUUGAGUCUGUCUCCCAAGCAAGAGCCAACGAGUGGCUUGAAAAGAGAAUGGGAAGUGUGGCUAUUGCCAUCGAGGCUCAAUACAAGCGGAUAGAAAUCUUGCGAACCGUGCUCAGCAAGACUCCAGCCCGCCAGUCCAGGCUCUUUUCAGACCAGCAGCCAAAGGUCGAGAAGGAGGAUAGUGUUGUAAGCCAACUAGGGGACAGUCGUGACAAGUGGAAGAGGUCAGAUCGUUUCAAAGAAGGGAUCAAAUGGGUGCGUCAAUGGAGAAAAGAGAUGAAGGAUGGAAGUGAAGAUGAUGACAAUAAGGGAUCCGACGAGCCUGGACGACAAGAAGUCAAAGAUCUUGCGAAAAAGCAACGCACAAAGAAAAACACACAAUCAGAGAACGGCGACAACGAGAAGGACUGUACCGAAUAUCACCUUGAGCGAGAUGUCAAUGCUUACCUUAUUCAGUUCAGCACCGAAUACGACACAGACAGGCCGAGUCAAGAUUCCGAAUCUUUCCUGACACCGAUUGACGAACCGUUAACUGAUGGGCGCUUCAAGGGCACUUUCCCAGACCAGCGCAUAUCCAUGAGCUUCCUCCUCGAUAAUGGAGUUACUUGUGAACCGAAAACCACCGAUAACCCUGAAUUGAGCACCCAUGAUCCGGAAGGCGAUUGGAACAUUUUGUCAAGAAACCGAUGCAUGAAUGAAGGUGGUUCAGGGCCGCCAAAAAGGAUCCGAUACUUCCACAUUCCAUCAAAUAAUAUGGCAACCCCAACGCACAUGCUCUUGAGCCCUCAAUAUUGGCGAGGUCAGCAACAAGGGACUCGAAGCGGUGUAGUGCACGCAAGACACAUGCGUUCUCUCUGCGAGGUAGUGUCAACCGAGACCAACGAGAUCGAGAAGCAUCCAAAGAACAUUGUUCUCUUUAUGCCAUAUCUCCACUGGGAAACGGACCGUAGGAGGGAGACUAUUUCCAGGCUGAUCGAUAUUGAAUCCGACAAGUUUCGGCAGAAACAAAGGAAAGAAAAGCAAGACAAGAAGAAAACUCGACAGGAAGAGAGAGUGAAGCUCACCAAUCUCUCAAAGCCCGACAUUCAGAGAAGGAGCAUUAAACAUCCUAAAGAGGGUGCUGAAGAUCCCAACAACCAAAAUAAGCUACUUCAAACCGUUGACCUGGCACUUCACCAAUUCUUCAGGCGUCGCCGGGAUGUCCAACGCAGUGAGAGGAGUUACAUCGAUGAUUCUGGUCGUUUGAGAGUUACCAGCGCGCUUGGUCAGUAUCUUGUGGAUGCUGCUCGUCUUUAUGAGGCGAUGUCAACGUUCAGGGACCAGAGGAUGCUGGAGAAGUAUCUUUUUCACGACCCUCCUCUCCACCCGCGUCGCACAUUGGAUCAGUCUUACUACUGGACACUAAGAACCACCAAAGCUCGAGAUAGGGAUCAGGUUAUCUACCGAGAUACGAAGCUUGACUUUAUCCAUCAACUCCAGGAGGCAGAGAAGCCUAAACACUCCUGGAUUAAGCGCCCCAAGCUGGUUCACGAGCUUGAAGAUCAAGAUUCAGCUCAGCGUGUCGAGGGUGAUGUUUCGCCGCCUAUGAAGUGGACUCAUCAUUCUGAAACAACUGAUGAGCACGGCUGUGACCAGUGCAAGAGCGACAUCAAGAAAGUUUCGCAGCUCAUCAUGGUUGAUCAAUUAUGGAUGUGGGUUCUUGACGAGCACACAAUCAUUACCUCAUUUCCGCGGCGCUAUGGAAGCAACAAGCAUGACUUGUCGGGAGUACACCGAUCUAUACGGGCACGUUUAAAGUCGUUCCGCAAAAACCAAGUGAGAUCGGUUUACGAUCUGGCGCUUAUUAUACUAGACGAAUGCUCCAACACCUUCUUCGAUCGGACCAGGGCUGAUACAAAUUUACACACAAUAUCAUUCCAGCAUGUCUGGCACUGGACGCAAGAAGCCUCCAAGAUAUAUCGCGCCAGGUCGAAAUACGUCAACUCCUCUGAUCUACACGUGUCCUUACUCGACAUCAAUCCUGAAGGUAAACUUCAGCGCGAGGUUAAGGACAUCCUUGACGAGCUUGACAUUAUGCUGCACGUCCACAAGAGACAAAGAGACAUUAUGAAGCGAUACCGCAGACAUGUUGAGCAUAUUUUGGAUCCCAAGAACCGAUUGAGCGGCGACGGCUUUGUUGAAGAAGACACUUCGGACCCCUCGCGCAAAUUCAAGAGCGAUGAGCAACUUGAAACCGAUGAGGAAGAGACCAGAAGGAGAGAACAACUUGGAUGGUUCCGGGCGCAAUACCAGGAGCUACUCUCAGAAGUGAAUGACCGCAUUGACGAGCUUGAGGGACUGAGGGCAGGCGCCAAGAGUACAGCCGACAGUGUGAGC